CCCGGCGCGCAGGCGCCUGGCUCGGGGAGCCCGCCUUUUCCCUCCCCGGCCACCGUGGGCGCCCGUGCCCGGGUCCCGACUAAAGCGAACCUGGGCCUGGGAGCGGCUGGAGACGGGGCGCGCGGGCCCUCACCCCAGGUGUCGCCUUUUAGCCUCCGAAGCUCGGGUCCGGGUGGCCGCGGGGACCGUGACCCCGCUCAGCUGGAGCCCGGACUCGCCGAGUCACCGCCCCCGGGGACCUGGGCCCCUCGCCCGCUGGCCGAGGCUGCACGCUGGGCUCCCCGGCCCUCCAGAGAGUUGGCCGCCCCGGGCCUAGCGUACCGGGAGUCCCCGGCCGCCUCCUCCGCCUUCCAGUCCCGUGUCCCCUGGAAGCCAGCCCCGCCGCCCACAGGGCCUGGGCCACCCCUUUAGGCUUCCGUGCCUCCCGAAGGCCAGCUUGGAAGGGGCCCGGUCUUCUAGAAGGUGGACAGCCCCCCUCUGCUUUCCGAGCGGACAAGCACCCCGAGAGCCUCAGUAGCCUACUAUCACUUUGCUCAACAUAAGUGUCACGUCGGGUGGCCAUUCUGCAUCCACCUGUCCAACUGUGACUGUGUACGAAGAGGUGUUUAUGACAAGGUUCCGGUGCAUCCAGUUGAAAAUGAACAUUUCCCGUUUUGAUUGUUAGAGGUUAUUGCAGAAACGCUCCUGUUCUUUCAGAAACAGAUUCUGUGUGAAAGUUUCUGCUGAGACUUCGUAAAAAAAUGCACCCAGAAUCCCCCCUGAAAUUUGGGCUUACUUGACCGCAGUAGAGCAAGAGCCAAAUCACUGAGCAGCUGGUUCUACUCCCUUAUCCUCUGGUCUCUAACGAGCAGGCACGGCAAAGCUGUCCUGGGCACCCUGGUUUGGAUCAAAUAGCCAGCGAUGUGGUUGAGGACAGACUGAGGUAGUAAGGAGAUGCGUUAUGCUUUAGACCAGUUGAAUUUGCGUGAAGAAAUGGAAAGAAAGGGAAGCAAGCAGAGAGUUGGGGACCUCCUACCACCAAGAAAACAGCGCCAGGGGUAGAGCGCAUCCUUUGGACCUGAGGUUCCAGGACUGAGAUGCUCCCAGACCAAGAGAAGAUGGAUGACAAGGACCUUCCUCCAGAGCCAACAGAGAGAGAAAGCCUUCCUCUGGAGUUGAUGCCCUGAAUUUGGUCUUGUAACCUACUAGACUGUAAGAAAAUAAAUUUCUCUUUGUUAAAGCCAUCUACUUUGUUAUUUCUGUUUUAGCAGCACUAGAUGAUUGGUAUCACUCCCUUGUGGUACUUCUGUUAUAGCAACACGGAGAAACUAAGACAUUCCCCUUCUCAGAGAUUUCUCCUGUUUCUGAAGUUUUCACUCUAUCAUCCUCCAGGGCGACCUUGGGAGCUAGUUUUGCAGCUUGGCAGGAAGCCAAACGGAUGGCCAUUCUUCUCCCUCCAGGUCCUGGCUGUCCUCAGUCUGAUCCCGUUUCCUCCCUGUGUCCAGUGCGUUUGCUGGUUCAUGAAUCGACACGCAAACUCAGAGUGUAGUCCACGGACCUGCAGCACCGGCCUCACCUGGGAGGUUUCCAGGAUUGCGGAUUUCAGGCCCCACUUUAGACCCACUCAAUCAGAGUUUGCAUUCUAAAACAGCAGCUUUGUUGAGUUGUAACUGCCUUACACGAGGGGCAGUGGUGGGUCAGUGGCGGAAUUCUCCCCUGCCGUGUGGGAGAUUCCAGCUGGACUCCCAGCCAGUGCACCUCACACGCAGCUACCACCCGUCUGUCAGUGGAGGCUCGCGUGUUGCUGUGAUGCUUAAUAGGCUUCAUCAGAGCUUCCAGACUGAGACGGGCAAGGAAAAAAGGCAGGGCAAUCUACGUCCAAAAAUUAGCCAGCGAAAACCCUGUGGAGCACAAUGGUUGGAUGCACAACCUAUCGUGGGGAUGGUGCAGGACCUGGCAGUAUUUUGUUCUGUCGUGCAUGAGUUAGGGGCUGAUUCGAUGACAGCUAGCAACAACAACAAUCAACUUGCAGUAAAUGACUCCUAUUUAAAGUGUGUCAUUUGAUAAGCUUUGAUGUACGUAUGCACGCAUGGAGCCAUCUCCACAGUCAACAUCCUGAGCUUUGAUGUACGUAUGCACGUAUGGAACCAUCUCCACAGUCAAUAUCGUGAGCUUUGAUGUACGUAUGCACGCAUGGAGCCAUCUCCACAGUCAACAUCGUGAGCUUUGAUGUACGUAUGCACGCAUGGAGCCAUCUCCACAGUCAACAUCGUGAGCUUUGAUGUACGUAUGCACUCAUGGAACCAUCUCCACAGUCAACAUCGUGAGCUUUGAUGUACGUAUGCACGUAUGGAACCAUCUCCACAGUCAACAUCGUGAGCUUUGAUGUACGUAUGCACCUAUGGAACCAUCUCCACAGUCAAUAUCGUGAGCUUUGAUGUACGUAUGCACGCAUGGAGCCAUCUCCACAGUCAACAUCGUGAGCUUUGAUGUACGUAUGCACGCAUGGAGCCAUCUCCACAGUCAACAUCGUGAGCUUUGAUGUACGUAUGCACGUAUGGAACCAUCUCCACAGUCAACAUCGUGAGCUUUGAUGUACGUAUGCACGCAUGGAGCCAUCUCCACAGUCAACAUCGUGAGCUUUGAUGUACGUAUGCACGCAUGGAGCCAUCUCCACAGUCAACAUCGUGAGCUUUGAUGUACGUAUGCACGCAUGGAACCAUCUCCACAGUCAACAUCGUGAGCUUUGAUGUACGUAUGCACGCAUGGAGCCAUCUCCACAGUCAACAUCGUGAGCUUUGAUGUACGUAUGCACGCAUGGAGCCAUCUCCACAGUCAACAUCGUGAGCUUUGAUGUACGUAUGCACUCAUGGAACCAUCUCCACAGUCAAUAUCGUGAGCUUUGAUGUAUGCAUGCAGGCAUGGAGCCAUCUCCACAGUCAACAUCGUGAGCUUUGAUGUACAUAUGCACACAUGGAGCCAUCUCCACAGUCAACAUCGUGAGCUUUGAUGUACGUAUGCACGCAUGGAGCCAUCUCCACAGUCAACAUCGUGAGCUUUGAUGUACGUAUGCACGCAUGGAGCCAUCUCCACAGUCAACAUCGUGAGCUUUGAUGUAUGUAUGCAGGCAAGGAGCCAUCUCCACAGUCAACAUCGCGUAGGCUCACUGCAGUUUCCUCGCUCCCCAGAAUCCCUCCCAUCUACCCCUUCCUGACCCCUCUUCCCUCAGAAUAAUUGUUUAGAGAUUUAUCCAGCUGGUCGUAUGUAUCAAUAUUUCAUUCCUUUUGUUAUUGCUGAGUAGUCUUCCACUGUAGGGAUAUACCACAGUUUGUUUAUCCAUUCAUCUCCUGAUAGACAUUUGGGUUGUUUACAGUUUGGGGGGAUGACAAAAAAGGAGCCCUGGUGUUGCAGUGGUUAAGCACUCAGCCGCUAACCAAAAGGUCAGUAGUUCAAAUCCACCACCUGAUCCAUGGGAGAAAGAUAUGUCUGUCUGCUUCUGCAAGGUUAUAGCCUUGGAAACCCAUGGGGGCAGUUCUACCCUGUCUGUAGGGUCGCUACAGGAAUCGCCUUGACAGUAACGGGUGUGAGUACAGGGAUGGGGAUCACAAGUGAAGCUGCUGUGAGUGUUUGUGUACAGAUCUUUGUGUGACAUAUGUUUCCUCUUCUCUCCAUGGUGGAAUGGCUGGAUCACACGGUAAUGCAUAUUUAACUUUUUAAGGAACACUCAGACUGUUUUCCAAAUUGGUUGCUUCACUUGACGUUCGCGUGGGCAGCGCAGGAGAGUUGCAGCUCCUCCACGUCCUCAUUAAGGCGUGGUGCUGGUGCGAUUGGCGCUUUGAACUCCAGCCUUUCUAACUGGUGCAGAAUGUCUCACGUGGUGGUUUUAAUUUGCAUUUCCUAGAUGACUAAAGACGUUGAGCACCUUUUUAUGUACUGAUUGGCCGUUUGUAUAUUUUACUAGGUGAAAUAUCUGUUCAAACUUUUUGACCAUUUAAAAAAUCAUCAUGUUUAUUUUCUUACUGAGUUUUGAGAGUUCUUUAUAUGUUCUGGAUAAAACUGAUUUUAUUUUUGUUUUGUUUUAAUCCCGCUCAGGACUUGGUAUGCUCUUUCAGGUGAGGACUUAAGUAUUUCUUCCAUUCUGGAAAGUUUAAUUUCUUUUUAUCUCUAUUUUUCUCCUAUUUUCUCCUUUUGAAAUCCCCAGUAGAUGAAGGUUGAAAGUCUCUUAGCUUUUCUUUCAUGUGUUUCAUCCCUUCAACCCUUCAUUGAUCGCCUUCUGAACUUGCCAGCAAACAAAACCAACAAAAAUCCCUGUCCUCAUUCUAGUUGGGGAGGCAGACCGUGAAUAACACAGUCUAGGAAAUCAUUUUGUAUGUCGUUGUCAGUGGCCGCUGGUCGGCCCCCGACUCCCGGCAACCCUGAGCACAGCCGGAUGGAAAGCUGCCCAGCCCUGUGCCAUCGCUGGCAUCAGCUGCAGGUCGAACUUUUGUGACCCACAGGGUUCUCACUGGCUGAUUUUCAGAAGUAGGAGCACCAGGCCUUUCUUCCUAGUCUGUCUUAGUCUGGAAACUCUGCUGAAACCUGUUCAGCAUCACAGCAACCUACAAGCCUCCACUGACAGAUGGGUAGCAGCUGCACGUGAGGGGCACUGACCAGGAAUAGAACCUGGUUCUCCAUCAUCGGAGGUGAGAAUUUUACCACUGAACCACCUUGCUCCCUUUGUAUGUUAGAAGGUGAUAAUUGCUAUGUAAAAAUGUAGGCUGGGGCAAGAGGGGAGGGGAGCCUAGUUGGGGAUCAGGGUCAUGGUGUUUCCCUCACUGAAAUAAAGACAUUAAGGGGUGAGGUGCUGACCAGAAGUAUUUCUGGGGGAGCGUUUCCAGUGGAGGGAUGAGCAGUGCAGUGUUCCAGGCAGGCUCGGAAGUCAGGUGGGCUGGAGAGAAGUCAGCGAUGGGGAAGAGUAUGGGAAGGCGGGUCCUAGAGGGCCAGGCCCUGUCAGAGGAUGCAUCAGAGCUUCAUUCCCUUUAUGGUCAAAUCAUACUCCAUUGUACACAUAGACCACGUUUGUUCAUCCAUCCAUCUACAGCUACCUAUAGACCGCGUUUGUUCAUCCAUCCAUCCACCUAUAGACCACGUUUGUUCAUCCAUCCAUCCACCUGUAGACCACGUUUGUUCAUCCAUCCAUCUACCUGUGGACCACGUUUGUUCAUCCAUCCAUCCACCUGUAGACCACGUUUGUUCAUCCAUCCAUCUACCUGUGGACCACGUUUGUUCAUCCAUCCAUCUACAGCUACCUAUAGACCGCAUUUGUUCAUCCAUCCAUCCACCUAUAGACCACGUUUGUUCAUCCAUCCAUCUACCUGUGGACCACGUUUGUUCAUCCAUCCAUCUACAGCUACCUAUAGACCGCGUUUGUUCAUCCAUCCAUCCACCUAUAGACCGCGUUUGUUCAUCCAUCCAUCCACCUAUAGACCACGUUUGUUCAUCCAUCCAUCCACCUAUAGACCACGUUUGUUCAUCCAUCCAUCCACCUGUAGACCACGUUUGUUCAUCCAUCCAUCCACCUGUGGACCACGUUUGUUCAUCCAUCCAUCUACCUGUGGACCACGUUUGUUCAUCCAUCCAUCUACCUAUGGACCACGUUUGUUCAUCCAUCCACCUACAUCUACCUAUAGACCACGUUUGUUCAUCCAUCCAUCUACCUACAGACCACAUUUGUUCAUCCAUCCAUCUAUAUCUACCUAUAGACCACAUUUGUUCAUCCAUCCAUCCACCUAUAGACCACGUUUGUUCAUCCAUCCAUCCACCUAUAGACCACGUUUGUUCAUCCAUCCAUCCACCUAUAGACCACGUUUGUUCAUCCAUCCAUCCACCUGUAGACCACGUUUGUUCAUCCAUCCAUCUACCUGUGGACCACGUUUGUUCAUCCAUCCAUCUACCUAUAGACCACGUUUGUUCAUCCAUCCACCUACAUCUACCUAUAGACCACGUUUGUUCAUCCAUCCAUCUACCUAUAGACCACAUUUGUUCAUCCAUCCAUCUACCAACGGACACUUGGGUUGUUGCCAUCUUUAGGCUAUCGUGAACAGCGCUGCAAUGAACUUUGGUGUGCGAGUCUCUAAGUUUCUGCUUUCACUUCCCUUGUGUAUAUGCCUGGGAGUGAAAUUGCUGGGUCAUAUGCCACUGGGUUCGUCCCUAGUUCCUCCCAUUGCUGGUGGGAAUGAAAAAUAGUGCAGCUGCUGUGGGAAACAGUUUGGUGGUUCCUUAAGAAAUUAGACAUUGAAUUACCAUAUGACCCAACAAGUCCAUUCCUAGACAUAUACCCAAAGUACCUGAAGGCAGGGAGUCAAACAGGUAUUUGUCCACUGCAGUGCUAUUCACAGUAGCCAAAAUGCGGAAACAACCCAAACACCCACCAGAAGAUGAGUGGAUACACGAAAUGCCAAUAUACAUACACACAAUGGAAUAUCACUCAGCCAUAAAGAGAGAUGAAGUUCUGACACAUGCUGCAACAUGGAUGAACAUCAAACACUGUAUGCUGAGUAAAAUAAACCAGCCACAAGCGUUGUAUAAUGCCACUUCGGCAAUUCUUUUGUUGUUGUUGUUCUGUGCCAUUGAGUCCAAUCUGACUCAUAGCAACCCUAUAGGGCUGAGUAGAACUGCCCAAUAAGGUUUUCAAGGUUGUAAUCUUUACAGAAGCAGAUUGCCUUAUCUUUCUCCUGUGUAGAGGCUGGUGGGUUCGAAUUGCUGACCUUUUGGUUAGCAGCCGAAUGCUUAACGGGUGCACCACCAGGGCUCCUGAGGCAACUCUAGAUACCUCAUAUAAGUGGAAUCUACCACCCGUCUGUCCAUUUGUCGUACUCUCGCGGUUUUCAUGUUGCUAGGGUGCUGGAAGGUAUGCCACAGGUAUUUCAAAUAUCAGCAGGGUCAUCCGUGGUGGACAGGUUUCAGUGGAGCUUCCAGACUAAGACAGACUAGGAAGAAAGGCCUGGUGAUCUCCUCAAAAUCAGCCAACCAGACCUUACGGCUGACAACGCACUGCCACUGACAGCGUGCUGGAAGAAGAACCCCUGGGCUGGAAGGCACUUCACAACGGCUGCAACAACAGGCUCGAGAAUACCAGUAAUCACGAAGAUGAAGCAGGACAGGCAAUGUCUGGUCUGUUGUACUUGGGGUCACCGUGAGUUGGAGCUUCAACAACAGAACAGGCAAAGACAUAGAGACAGAAAGUGGAUUCGUGGUUACCAGGGGCUGGAAGGCGCGGAGAUUACGGAGCUAUUGUUGAAUCGGCACAGGGCUUCCGUUUGGGAUGGUUAAAGACAGUGGCGAUGGUCACACUGCACUGUGAAUGUACUAACCCACUGAAUUGUGCACUCAAAAGUAGCUAAAUGACAACUUCCAUGUUAUGUAUAUUUUACUACAAUUACAAAAGGGAAAG